UCUUGGAAUCAUUAUAAACCAAAACAAAGAUAUGCAAAGUAAAAAACGACUGUUAUCGGUCCAUUGAUAACCCGGAACUGAUAGAAAAGGAAUCAUAACAUUGUUUUUACCCAAACACUGUGGAGCCGCCAAAUUACAAAUAGUAAUUAAUUUAAAAAACAAAUUUCUUCUUAUCCCAUCAGUGACAGAUUCCAGUAGUUUAUACAUUCCACGCUCUAUUCAAUCUUAAAAAAAAAAUACAGGAUCAGAGCAGUUCAUUAGUUCGGCUGAAACAAGCGGCGAUCUAAUACAUGCAUAAUCUGCAAACUUUUGUAUCACGCCCGCAAGCCCUUCAAAAGGCUGACUUCAUCGACCGUAAGCCAUUAUUAUAUUUUUUUUUUUUUAGAAAAAUAUAUCACUUACAGGUGAAAUUAAAAGAAAUACUUAAAACUUCACCUUGAAGGCAAAAGGUAAUGAUGACGUUGAUGCAAAUAUGCUAAUAGUUUAGGAACAAGAAAAUCAUAACAUGUUAAAAGAAAACAUUUCUGAUUACAGAUAUAACCGUGUCUUUGUUGCGAAUCUAGUUGUAUUGGAAGGAGUGAAGAACUGUUGAAUUCCUUGGGAGUUGCAAAACCAGUUUGUUGUCCUGAUCAUGAAGAUUUUAGCGAGUGCCAUCGGUAGAAUUUUUCUGUGUUGUGCCCUGAUGUCUUACAUGUCUUCCUUGAGUCACGCUUCACCUCUGCGAGAAACGAAAGAAAUAAUGGAUAACCCUGAGCUGACCGCCAUCAGGGAAGAACGACUGAUGCAGAGAACGCAGGAUGCCCACACAAAGGUCUCCAAGGAUAUUGCCGAGCGUCUGAAAAAGUUUAAGGACGAAACAGGAAAGGUGCAUAGUGGAUCAGAAAGCGAGGACCCUGCAAAAGACUCUGGGAUAUACAAGCAUCUACGAAGAAGGCUUUCCUCGUUGGAGUCAAGUCUCACCAGGCUGGAAAACAGAGUGGACCGAUCUAAAGUCCGAUGUCACGAAAGAAACACCAACUGGGAUGCGAGGUCCAAUGCCCCCAUAAUGUUUCUCGACAGGCAAAAUGUUAAGUGCCCCUCCGACUAUUUCUUGGCCAGUUUUCACCUGAUAAGAUGGGCAGACUAUAAUGAUGCGAAGGUUCGAUACAACUACCGCUGUUGUAAAUUCGUUCUGUAAAUUAGAGAACGUUGUAUCAUUUACAGUCUAACUGAUGUAUUGAGUAUACAAUUCACGUGUGAAAGUUUAAAAAUAAAAUUAUAAGACUGUGAA